CACAGAUGCGCAAUGUGAUGUCAACAACGUGUGUAUAAAAUGUAGAUUGUGCCUUUUACAUUGCACAUAUUAAUGGAAAUGUGCAUAUUUUAUUAUUAUUUCUCUAUUGAUGGCGUGAUUCUGCAAUUUUCCAUUUAUUAUCAAUUGUGACAAAACUAAACGAACAUGGCUGGCCAACAACAUCCAUUUCCAUCUGGGUUUCCUAGUGUACAACAAUCUGCAAUGAGAACGCAGUUUGGCGGAGGACAAAUGGUAUCUGGCUUAAUGGGGCCACAACAAGGUAGUAUGGUGAAUCCACAACAAUUUGGAGUUGGUGUAGGAGUCGGAGUUGGCGUGGGUGGAGUAGGCUCCAAUACUAUGGGUAUGCCUAGUGCUCAACAAGUAUUGGCACAGCAGCAACAACAACAACAGUCUGUUGCAAUGCAACAACAAGUACAACAAAUGCAACAGGCACAAUUACAAUUACAACAACAACAACAAGCUGCAUUGGUACAACAGACUAAUCCAGGAAGCAACCAAGCUACAACGCCACAAACACCUGUACCUCCUACACAACCACCACCACCUCAACAACAACAACAACAACAUAAUAAGGAAUUUAACACUGCCAGUUUAUGUAGAUUCGGUCAAGAAACUGUACAAGACAUUGUUAGUCGUACCUUGGAAGUCUUCCAAACAUUAAGAGUUCUUCAACUACCAAAUGGUAUGGCACAAGGAGCUAAUUUAGCUAAUGAAAAAAAGAAUAAAGUACAGGAGCAACUAAGGACUCUUAAGUUAUUGUUUAGACGUUUAAGAGUAAUUUAUGAAAAAUGUAACGAAAACUGCCAACUUCAAGGUAUGGAAUAUACACAUAUAGAAAGUUUAAUUCCUCUAAAAGAAGAGUGGGAUAUGAAAUCCGAUGAAAGAAAGACUUCUGAAGCUUAUAGACUUGCAUGUGAAGAAAGCAAAGAAAUCAUGGAGCAAGUGGUAUUAAAAAACAGGCAUCUUAAAGAAAUCAUUGAUCAUCUAAGACGUAUUAUUUCAGAAAUAAAUACAAUGUUAAAUAUGCGUCGAUCUUGAACUAUAAAAUGUAAAUAAAUAUUUAUAUAAGUUAUUAAAUAGCAGCGGUGAAAAAUAAAAGUAUUCUUUCUUAUGUAAUAUAAGAAAAUUAGUAUUAUUUACCUCUGUGUUGAGAGUUUAUUAAUGUCAUUCACAUCCAGAUAAAUAAUGUCACUUGCUCUUAAAACAGCUUCUGGAAUCGUGCCUAAUGGUGUCUCUAAAUUCCUUACAUACACUUCCAAGCAAUCCACAUCAGAACCUCUAAAUUCAGCAGAAACCCGUGUAUUUUCAUAUAGAUGAAAUUUUGCUUGUUUACCUAUAACAAUUCCAGUAAUUAUACGUAGAAAUCGUUCACGCAGAAAUGCACGUGCUUCUUGUUUUUCAGUAGUUGCAAAUUCCACAUUCGUAUUAUUUUCAUUCAAUUGUAUAUUAUCUUCAACCGAAUUCGUCAUUUUGUCGGAAAAUUUGUUGAUUUCUAAAAGUAACAACUGCU